AUGCAAAAAAGAAGCUGUGAAUUCUCAAGCAGCCAGACUGACACUUACAUUGAAACAACUCGAAUUGGUAAAGAAAUAGUAAAUGAAAAUUUUAAUAGACCUCUUGAUGCAGAACAGAUCCCUAAAGCUCUGGAGCUUACAAUAGAAUUAAUAGAGAAAAUAUUAAAAGAUGAUAAUAAAAAGAAAAAAAUUGAAUACCUGCACCAUAUAUCUAACUACUUGCCUCCAGCACUUCCUAUAUUUGCUGUUCUGAAAGUCUCUUCCGUGAAGCUCUGUCAAAAAAGACCUGCUAUAGCAGAUGCGGAACUUGGUUUUGAAGAAGGAAAUAUUGAUCUAAAACCUGUCCUCCAAAAGUUUGCUGCUAAGAUGAAAAUGAUAAAAUUAGAGUUGAAAAGAGCCAACCAAGGCCCCACCUACCAAGAUUUAGCUGAAAUAGAUCAAAAAGAUAAAGAAAUACAAACCUUAUCUAUAAAGCUUGAAGAUAUCGACGAUGAUGAAACCAAUGACAAAAGUGAUCAUGAGAUGUUGGUUGGUAAUGACGAUAGUUAUAAGAAAUUAAAUAGCGCUCUAUCUGAAAGGUCUCUAAAACAAAAAGCCCUGCAACAUGUUU